AAACAGCAAUAGAAAAACCACAAAUAAGACACGGUAGAUCACGGGGGCAUUACAGCAGAAUAAAAUCAACAAAGGAGCCAUCGCAUGUCCAAACUUACUCGGAGAGUGCUCAAGUCAGUGAAGUUACCCUCCAGGAUAAUGGUUUGUCGAUGGACUCCAUCCGUCAGAAACUCUCAAGAUCUGCCAACGACACACUCACGGACUUUGACUUUGAGAGUUCCACAAUGACAAACAUGACACUCAACAUUUCCACGGUACCACGUGAACCGUAUAUUCAGUCACGAAAGUACGGUCAGGUUGUUGAGCAAUUCAACGGGACACGCGCCACUGACUACCUCCGUAAGUUACGUAAAGUGGGUGCAUCGAGUGGUGAUAGAGUGAGUAGACGGGAUAGAAAUACCAGUAGACACGAUAUCUACGGUAUCGUGAAUCAUGAACAAGUGGAUGAUGAGAGGUACAAUUUUGAUGACAUGUUUGGGAAAUUCGAGAUCGAGGACUAUGGUUACGAGAAUGAACAGAUGAGAAACAACACGAGUGAUGGUAAUUACAAUGGUGGUGUUGAUUAUCGCGAUGGUAGUAUCAAAAUUGACAGUACAAAACGCGAUAAGCCCAGUGUCCCGGACGACGUGGUCAGUCGUUUUCUCCGGAUCAUUGAGAAUCAGCACUUGUUGGGGGAGAAUUGCACAGCCGGGACGGAUUUGAAUCUUGGGGAGGGAGUUGUCGAUCAGUAUGCACAAGAGAGAUUCAGAUUGGAAGCCAAUUUGGCUGUUAAUAGAGCCAAUAUGCUCACCAGACUGUGGAAAUAUGCCCCCAAUGUGAUGCUGUCGUCCGAGUAUCUGCUGCAUGCCAGUGUACUUUCGAUGGUCGAAUUCGAUGAGGACAUCUUUGCCGCUGGCAAUUGCUACGACAAAAUGCAGUACAAGGAGCGGUGGCUGUACUGUCCAUUCGCUCACAGACUCCAGGAUCAGGAUGGAGUUCUCGUCAAGGAUCUUGCGGUUGAGUACAAGUAUCUGACAAACAGCAGCGAGUGGUUUUUCAUCGCCCGAAAAAAUGCCGAGAGGGUGAUCGCUAACAGUAAUCAAUUCAGCCGGGGUUAUCACACUUACACACUCAACGAUACGUCCCACACGGAUCGCAUUGAGGAUGAAAUUCUUACGGUGAGGUACGAGGAUGGUCGGUGGUCAAAACCGUAUUACGACUGCGGUGGUGGAAACAUCUGGAUGCUGACAUAUACUGUACCCUUUUUUGGAUACGCCAACGAUUCGUAUUUUUUCAAAGGCACUAGUGGAAUCGACAUUGAUUUGAGACGAGUGGAUAUUGACCAGUGCCCAGUACCACUCGGCUCGUCAGCCAUCAAUAUUUUUGCUGCCAGUGACAAAUGUAAAAAACGCACUACCGAGUGCAUUGCUAUUCCGGGCCUUGGAUUUCGACGGGGGAGCUAUCGGUGCGUAUGCAAGCGGGGAUUUUAUUAUCCUGACACAAAAUCCUCGGAGCGAUAUUACAAUGGCACAGUUAUCGAGGAGGAAUUUGAAAAACUCAUGGUGGGUGAGGAGAGCCAAUAUUCGCUGGAUGGUAUAUUCGAGUGUCUACCCUGUGCCGAGGGUUGCGAGUCGUGUGAGGAUGGCUCACCCUGUGUCGUAUCCCUAAAUUGGCUCAUGAGAACUGCUAUUCUCAUACUGGAAUGCUGUGUUAUUGCCUGUCUACCAGCCGUCAUCCUUUUCACAUGGAAAUUCGGCAACGUCAAGGUAGUCAAAGCCGCCAGUCCGGUGCUACUACGAGUGAUACUACUAGGCGCAUUCUUCAUCUACUGCACGACGAUCGUUAUGUACCCGAGACCAAAUGUAGUCACCUGUACUGUACGCGUCUGGCUCCGGGAAAUCGGUUUUUCCCUCACUUACGGUGCACUGAUGCUGAAAACGUGGAGAAUAUCUGUUAUAUUUCGUGUGAGGUCAGCGAAGGCAGUGAAGAUAACGGACAUGAACCUGCUGAAACGCCUUGGAAUAAUAGUCACGAUAUUCAGUGUAUUUCUUGGAAUUCGUACGGUUGUGGCGCCGCCGGUUGUUAUCGUCGGACGUACUGCCGAUGAUCUCAAAGCUUAUCUGUGUCAAACUAACUGGUGGGAUCACAGCUUUACAACACUUGAAGUGAUGUUCCUGGUGUGGGGAAUAAGACUGUGCAUUGUUGUCAGAAAAGCACCGUCAGAAUUCAACGAGAGCCGUUUCAUCUCAAUGGCUAUUUACAACGAAUUCCUCCUGUCAGUCUUCCUGAACGUUUCAAUGCUAUUUCUCCAGUCACCCGCCAAUCCAGACUUAUUGUACAUCAUUUUCUUCUGCCACACACAACUGACUGUCACUCUCCUACUCUGUUUGAUAUUCGGUAGCAAGGCUUACGUCGUAUUUCGUGGUGGCGGUAAGGAGGACGCAAUUGGAAAGCUUCCAGGCACGACGGGCAAAUUUAUUGGCAAAACGUGUCGGGCGCAGAAGGCCAGUAACCAAACCAACUCAAUUUCCUUGCAACAGGCUAAUUUCACUGAGGAAGGAGACGGUAUGAUGGAAGAAUUUCUACGUCUUUCUGCUCAACUCGAGAUACUCAAAGAGAAAAAUAUGCGCAUGGGUAAUCGACACUUGACGGCUAAAAUAUUGGCGAUGCAGGAGGCAGCUAACCGUGCUGAAACCCAGAUAUCCACGAUUCAAGCAAUCUCCUCGACCUUGAGAUUGAAUGACAUAAGUGUCACGACUGUUGAAGAAUCCACUCUGCUCUUCAAGAGUGGAAGUGAGUCGGGUGUGGAGAGUUAUCGCGAGGCAGAAGCGAAGAAUGGUAAGUCGAAGAAAUUAUUAUGCCAAAAGUCGACAGAGAAAGACAAUUCGCAGGGGAGUGAUGAAGUGCCGUCGACAUCAAAGGACAAAGACAUUGCUAAAAUUUGUGAUGAAAAGAUCAACGAGAAUGUCGAUGAUAACAAGCAAAAUAUCAGUGAUUGUGAUGUUAACAAAACAACUUUGGACAAUAGUGAGUCGCUUGUUGCGACGGAUAAUGGUGAGAUUAUUGGUGAGGCAGAUACCGAGGACAAUGAAGACACGAAGGUAAAAAAAUCAGCCCCUCCACCCACACUUCCCAUUGUUAUAAAUCUUGAGGACAAUAGCAGAUACUCGGAAGAAGUGAUUGUUUAAUUUGAGUAAUUGAAUGUCAUCAGUUUUUAACGACUCGUAUGAGUUUGAGAGUUCAAUAUUGAAAAUGGCUCGACUGAUAGUAUUAUUUAAAGUGCUUUACAUUUCCAGUCUUUUAGCUCAAUUAGUUCCGUUACAUGGGGAGAUGUGUAGUUUAUUUUAUGCGUGUGAAAUUGGUUGAAGUAUUUUUAUCUGAGUGUUGCGGGGAGAUAUUCCGUGAAGUAUGAUUGAAUGUACAUAAAAUGUAUAGUUUAUUAUCUAUUACUGAAUUGCUCCCUUCUUUUUUAUAUCGCGCUUCCUAGCAGACAUUUUAUUCAAGUGACAGAUAAAAUAAUAACGUAUAAAAAGACAUCCAGCGGCUUACAUAAUAUUUAACUAAAUAUCUAUUGUGUGAUGAACUUGUUUCCGGACUUGAAGAAUUUUAUGGCCACCCAUUGGCCCCUGUGAAUAACAAUGUACAUAUGGUUGUGAACAAUUUUAUGUAUAUAAUGAUGAAUACUUCAUCUAUAAAACAUUUCUUCACAAUAUAUUUGAGAGAUUCUGAAGGAAAUAUUGAAGUUAAAGUGGGAUUAACAGAUAUAUGCGUGUUACUUUAAUUAGUUUCUAACCUUAAUGUACAAUUUUGUAUAUAAUCUGUGACUAAAUCCUUACGGAGUGGAAUAUUUUUGCUGAAUAACACGAGAGACGUAAUUGAAGGAAAUGAGCAAGCUUUCAUUUGAAAGACAAUGGAGAGAUUCUCAAUAGAUAGCCGAGUAGAGGAGAGAUCUUUCGUAUUAUGUCUGACCUGAUGAAAGUUUGUUCUCCUUUCAGCUUCAGUAUGAAUCGCACGAAUUCCGGCGUUCACUUUAAUUCAUUGGGUUGCUGUACAUAUCAAUUUGAAUCGUUGUAAUUUAGGAUGAGAAUUGUAAUUACGGGAAUGAGAGGUAUUUGUUUUCAUUGGUAUGCACGAUUGUCAAAGGCCACGGUCUCGACGGGCGCCUCUAGCUGAGCCCCAAUGAAGGAACCCCUCGCGAUUGUCAGCCUUUGAACAAUAGGAUUGUGAUCGCUGGCUGAUAUUGCCGACUGAAGUCUAAUAUCAUCCAGGAUUUGCUUGGUCUGGUUCUGUUGUCACUAUUAUAUUUUUUCCCAAUGUGAAGCAACCUUCGGAAGAUAUGGCUUUAGUUUUCUCAUCCCCGAGGAACAGUGAAGUUUUAUAAUACAUUGGAAACCCCACUUGAACCAACAAUUUGCUCUAUCCCGAUGAAACUCGAGUUUUCAAUUAAAGAUUGUAUCUUUACGUAUCUCGGGAACGUAAAUAAUUCUACUCUCAACGAUCUUGUAGAGGAUUUUCCAAUCGAUGGCAUGCAUUGGCGAUGAACAAGAAUUGGAGAGUAUAGGAGAUGGAGAGAGAUUGUAGCCACGACGGAUAAUCCAAGGUUUUCUUUAUUCUUGAUACUGAAGUAAAAAAACAGCAGGAUGUUCUUGCUGUUUAUAUUUUUCAGUUCAAUACCUUAUGAUGAGUAAAUUGUUGGAUGACGACUACGGAUUGCAAAGAAUAUUUUAGGAAGUCAAUGAUCCAGGUUGUAAAAUCGUUGUAGCAAAUUCAUGGAACUUUUGGGAAUGAUAAUCCAUGAUAUUUGACAAUUGCUCAUGUCACUAGAAAUAAUGACAAAUAUCUGUACAUACAAUGUAUAAUACGUCUAAUUUUGUGAUGUGUGGGUCGGAAUUGAUGAUAAGUUGAAUCCAUUCACAUUGAUUUUUCGGUAUAUUGGAGUCAUAUCAAGUGUACAAUUACGUGCACAUUGUAAAAUUUCUUCUGCAUAAAUUCAGCUCGUCAGUGCUAUUGAAAAUUACAUUAUCGGAAAUAAUUGAAAAUGUGAAUUGAAUUAAUUUGGAAGAGUGUAUAAAGCACAAAUGAUGGAAAUAGUGUUGAAAAUUUUCUGGAUUAUAAUAAUUCUAUCGAAUGCUCCAAUAAACGGAUAGAUAUGUAAAUCAAGAACAGCUGUUAUUCAAUAAAAUUAACUUGUGCUCCACAGUCUGGGACGUUGUGAUAGAGUGGAGAGGGAAGUCAGAUACUCGAAUCUCCCGAAAAUAUCAACUAUCAAUUGUCCAAUGUGAAUAUACAGAAAAAAAUUAUUGUCAUGUGAUUAUUGAAAUGUAUCUAAAGGCAGGUUGUGUGGUGGUAAACUGAAUGUUAUGGGUUAUGAAUAAAAUUCCAGAG